AUAACGGUGCUGCAGCAAAACCGGCUCAGGGAGCAGGGUGCAUAAGGGUUUGUAUUACCAGAUGGUGCGGAUUAUAGAGCCAAGAGGGAAAAAUGACGAGCAUAUUGCAUGCAGCGUCUAAGGUAAAGUGGAAUAAGAGCGCGGCGGCCAAACGAGCGGUGUUUCUAGCGGCUGCUGCAUACGGCGUGAAAACCCUUUAUCCCGUUAUCUACAAACGAAUCGCUAAACGCAAAGAGCACAAAAGCACCGCUAACGGACAACGAGAGCGGAAUGGACAGGUGGCGACACACAGAUCUACACUAGAAAGCGUGUCAGGUCCCGGUGAGAGUCACAGGUCGCCUGGCGUGGACGCGCGCUUCUUCCGUCAGAUUGUAGAUUUGAUCCGAAUCGUUUUCCCGACGCUCGCGACCCGAGAGCUAGCCUUGCUGUGCUUACACUCGGCAGCGCUGGUCUCGCGGACUUUCCUGUCCAUUUACGUUGCCGGUUUGGAUGGAAAGAUCGUCAAGAGCAUCGUGGAGAAGCGGCCGCGCAGCUUCAUCGUCAAGCUGAUGAAGUGGCUGCUCGUGGCCGUGCCCGCGACCUUCGUGAACAGCGCCAUCCGUUACCUGGAGGGGAAGCUCGCGCUGGCCUUGCGCACGCGCCUCGUGGAGCGCGCGUACGCGACCUAUUUCGCCGAGCAGACGUAUUACCGUGUGGCGAACAUGGACGCGAGACUGGCCAAUCCCGACCACUCGCUCACGGAGGACGUAGCGAUGUUCGCGCAGUCUGUCGCGCGCCUCUACUCCAAUCUCACCAAGCCGGUGCUGGACGUGAUCCUCACCUCGUACACGCUCAUCCAGACCGCGAGGUCGCGCGGUGCCGGGGCCACGGGGCCCACGCUGCUGGCCGGCUUGGUGGUGUUCGUCACCGCUAAAGUGCUGCGGUGGUGUUCCCCGACUUUCGGCCAGCUGGUGGCUGAGGAGGCGCGUAGGAAGGGGCACCUGCGCCACGCCCACUCCAGGAUCAUCGCUCAAGCGGAGGAGAUUGCCUUCUACGGAGGGCACAAGGUAGAGAUGCUGCAGCUACAGAAAUGCUACAAGGCUCUGGCUGAGCAGAUAAAUCUGAUUCUGUCCAAGCGCCUGUGGUACAUCAUGAUCGAGCAGUUCCUCAUGAAGUACGUUUGGAGUGGAUGUGGACUUGUCAUGGUGGCAGUGCCUAUCAUUACUGCCACCGGCUUUGCUGACAACGAACUUGCAGAUGGCCAAACACAAGUGUUAGUAAGUGAGAGGACAGAAGCCUUCACAACUGCACGCAAUCUUCUAGCCUCAGGGGCAGAUGCCAUUGAGAGGAUCAUGUCGUCUUACAAGGAGGUCACCGAGCUGGCCGGAUACACAGCCCGCGUCCACAACAUGUUCCUGGUGUUUGAGGAGGUGCAAAGGGGUGUGUAUAAGCGUUCGCUGGUGUCCACGACUGCAGCAGCUGGAGACAAAAGCGCUGGGAGGCCUGAGCUGAAUAUUGAUGGUCCACUCGAGAUCAAAGGAAAAGUGAUUGAUGUGGAUAAGGGUAUAGUGUGUGAGAAUGUUCCCAUCAUCACACCAAACGGGGAUGUGGUUGUGUCCUGCCUGAACUUUAAGGUGGAAGAGGGCAUGCACCUGCUGAUCACAGGACCUAACGGUUGUGGGAAAAGCUCUCUGUUCCGCAUCCUUAGCGGUCUCUGGCCUGCUUACAGUGGCAUGUUGUACAAACCUGUACCACAACAUAUGUUCUACAUCCCACAAAGGCCAUACAUGUCAAUUGGGACACUAAGAGAUCAGGUGACAUACCCCGACUCUGUGGAGGACAUGCAUGAGAAAGGCUACCGAGACAAAGACCUGGAAGACAUUCUGGAUAUUGUCAACCUCAAACACAUUGUCACCAGAGAAGGAGGUUGGGAAGCUGAGGUGGACUGGAAGGAUGUGCUGUCAGGAGGAGAGAAACAGAGGAUGGGCAUGGCUCGCAUGUUUUACCAUAGACCCAAGUACGCUCUGCUGGAUGAGUGCACAAGUGCUGUCAGUAUUGAUGUGGAGGGCAAAAUAUUUCAGGCUGCAAAGGAUGCUGGGAUCUCCUUGCUGUCUAUUACCCAUCGGCCCUCUCUAUGGAAGUACCACACACACCUGCUGCAGUUUGACGGUGAGGGAGGUUGGCGGUUUGAGCAGUUGGAUACAGCUACUCGGCUCUCUCUCACCGAGGAGAAGCAGCGACUGGAGGCUCAGCUCGCGGGCAUUCCCAAAAUGCAACAGAGACUGAAUGAACUGUGUAAGAUCCUGGGCGAGGACUCUGUGCUGAAGACUAUCGAGUGCAGUGAAAGGGAAUAAGAGACAAAGAGCUAAAAUUACAGCACACGCACACUGCACGGCAGCCAAAAGCAACUUUGCCCACUGAAUCCCGACUGGUCAGCACUUUAAGGCUGCAGCUCAACUUUAUCCAUGACAGCGUAAGUUAUGUUCUGGCCUCUCUUUAUCCCACAAUCCCCUGCACAUUUAUACAGCAAUGUACAUUGAAAAUGACUGGGAAGGACGUUUUAUCGAGACUCAGAACUAGGGAGUUCCUGCAGUGUUAAACAGUGACUUUUCAAGUUUGUCGCUUUUUAUAAAAAUGCCAUUUUAUUGUCUUUAUUUACCCUUAGGGAGAUUUCAUUAGUCUCUUAGCUAUGUUUUAUCCCAUAGUUUUAAAGAUGUUUGUAAUUAUCACAGUAUAAUCGACAACUUAAAAAAAUGGAUUGAUUGCAACACAUGUUUUACUGGCUUUUAUGUUUUUAUUAAUGUACAUGUCAUUCUGGGGCAAUGACAGCUAUCGCUGUUUCUUUGAAGAAAUAUCUGUACCCGCUAUGAUGCUGCAUAUUGUUUUGUUCUUUCUAUUGACAUACAAAGUAUGUGGUUUGGGCUUAUGAUCAACAGAUACUUACACAGCUUAAACAGCUGAUUUUUUUUACUCCAAAAUCUAAAGUCUAGUUUGAUAUUUGUUUAGGAACAGCUAUUUCAUUGACUAUUCAGUGCUAUUAAUUAGAACCUGCUUUUUCUUAGUGAUUGGUUUUAUUAGCCUUAGUUUUACUUUUAGAAACUUGUUACCUUUUGGGGAUUCUGGUUUGAUUAAGGAGAUUCUCAAAAUCUUCAAUAAACAUUUUAUCCUGGUCAUAGGUAUAGUCGAUCUCUGUAACUUCGAUCAUGAGGCAGGAUUACACCAUUGAAAUUUAGUGGAUCCAGUCCACCCUAGUGGAGUGAUGGGACGAAACUGGAGAACUCAAGACUGAGUUUGUGGUCAACAGUUCACAUGGGAGUUUGGUGUGGCGUUUAUUAUGGUUUGAUUAAAUCCAGAAGCACUUUUGUGAUAACAGAGAAAACCAGAUGAUUAUUUACUUCAGUUUUUUCCUAACAAGAAGUCAGAUCCUGACAGAUUAUUGAUUUGAUAUAUACGUUGAUUUAGUGCAGAAGGACUAAGGUGCAGGAUCUGCUAUAAGACAAAAAUGUGUCUUGUAGUGCAAACAAUAUGAUAAGUAAUGGACUGCAGUCUGGUUAUUUUGUGAUCAUCAUAUAAUAACAAAAACAUCUGUUUCCCAUUAAAUCCUAAACCAGACAGAACACAAUAUUCAUAAUAAGGACACGAUUUGUUUUUAUAAUUAACAUGAAUCGUUCAAACAUGUCUGUCUAUCGAUGGACUGAGAUACUGUGAAUUUUCUCUGAGUCUGGGUUGGGACUUAUGAGCAAAUACAUUUUUAUAAACUGCACUUGAGCUAGAAAUUAUGUGGACAGACUUGUGGUGUAACUUUAGUAGGCUUAAUCAUACACUGUAUUUGGUGUCUCAAAAGUGUCUUCAUACAUGUUUAAGGCAUACUGCCUUAACGUAAAAACACACAACAUUAUGCUGAAUAUUGUGUGGGUUCCUCUUGUACCACUGAGGCACUACUUGCCCUUCGGGGCAUCACUCCACAGGACCGCUGAGGAUGUGCUGUGGUGUCUGGCUCCAGGACAGUGCCAGCAGAUCCUUUAGGUGUCUACCCUUACUGUAUAUGUGAUGGGCUGAGGUGCACUGGUGCCUAUCUAUCAUGGCCAGAAUUUACUUUUUUUCAGCAAUUUGCGAUACAUAAGCCUUUCCUGUCACCAGUUUUCUGGUAUUUAAUUGAUAAUCAUUGUUAAUAUGUUAAUGUUAUGUGGUGUUAAUGUUAUUGCUGGUAGGUAGGUAGGUAGGUAGAUAGAUAGAUAGAUAGAUAGAUAGAUAGAUAGAUAGAUAGAUAGAUAGAUAGAUAGAUAGAUAGAUGGAAUUAUUAUUUUCAGAAUGCCUUUGACAAAAGUAGAAUAUAAUGAAAUAUUUCAUUGCGAAGAUGAUUUAAAGGAACACGUUCGAGGUGCAAAACAUGCACAACACCAAAUGUGUUAAUGAGUUCAUCUUGAGUGGGAAAGACAACUCUGUGUGUGUUAACAAAGAAAUUGCAAUCAUGUAGUGAAUGUUUUGUGAAUAGAGUUACAUUUUGCAAAAAAAAAAAAAAAAAGUCCUCAUGUAUGGGGACAUCUUUGAGACACCUUGGAGUUUAGAAACAUAUUCUGCUUUGCAUUAGGAACUCACAAUUGUAGAAGGUCUAGGUGCUCUUUUCUUUAUUAUUUUUCCAAAUAUUUGUUUGUGGCUUAUGAAACAACUUGAAUGCCUGAGGCAUCCAACUUUUACCAUUAGAUAGCAUCUUCGUUUCUUUGGUUUUGGUUUUAUAUCUGUAUCAGGGCCUGUAAUUCAUGUAAUUCUGGAAUUGUAAAUAGAUGGGGUUUUAUAUGUUUGAAACUUAUGUGAUAACCUAUAUUUUGCCUACACCAGAGUAUCAGAGAAAUUUUUUCUGAUGUGAUGACUUUGCAUAAUUUACUAUUAAUACUAUUAAUAUUAAUAUUGCUAUUAAUAUUAAAAAUUGGUACCUGGAUAUAGCCAGCAUGUUUUUGCAAAGUCUUUUUCAGGCAAGUUCUGCAUUUUUAUUCCCGCACAAAUCCAAAUAUAUCUUCUUGGAAAUAUAACUUGGAAUGGACAAACUGUCAUUUUGCAUGUCAUGAUUCGCCCAUAUUUUGUCUAAUGUAAGAAAAUGUACAAUUUGAAAGUUGCCUGUUAAGAAUCUAAACAGAGCUGAAAUGUGAGUACCCUGUAAAUA